GCACAAUGCGUAUGUACGCGAAACACUGGCGUGACUCGGCAUCUGUGAUUGUCGUGGCCCGUAACGUGAAUAAUGAGUUAGAUGAGCAUGGGUACAAUUACAAGGUACUUGUAUUCAAGCGAACAGAGAACACGAGCUUCCUUCCGAACCACAUCGUAUUUCCCGGUGGUUCAUUCGAUGCACAGGACGAUUCUUUAGACUGGUUAACACUGUUCGCCAAACAAAACAUUCCACCGGAAGCCCUCAAAAUAGUGAGUGCUGUAUCCGGUCCACGACCCUACAUUUUCUACACAACCGAUGACGAUUUGCUCGACCGUAACAUAUCCAUCCGUUUGUGUGCCUUAAGAGAAUGUUUCGAAGAGCUGGGCGUACUGUUGGUGGCAAACAGGGAAACCUCCGACGGAUACAGCACUGCCAGGCAUGAGUUUAAUGUGCGCACUUGGCAGACGGAUGUGCAUGAUGGUAGGAAACAGUUUCGCGAACUGUACGAGCAACUCCAGGAAACACCGGAUCUUUGGUGUCUCUACGAGUGGUCCACUUGGAUAACACCGACACAUUUUCGACGCAAGCGUUUCGAAACGGCAUUCUUCCUGGCUGCACUGAACGAAAUUCCACCCGUAUUCCCCGAGAAGCACGAGGUGGAUGAAUAUAUGUGGCAGUCACCGAAGCAAUUACUUAUAGCGCAUUCGGACGAAAAUCUUUGGCUAGCACCGCCACAAGCGUACGAAUUGCACCGUUUGAGCCACGUGCAUGAUAUUGACGUGCUGGUACAUUUUGCUAAAGUAAGAAAUCGCUUAGGAUCUACCUCAUUCUGCCCCGUGGCGUAUAAUGCUUCCGAUGGAUUUAUCGGUGUGCUUCCGGGAGAUGACCUUUAUCCUACACAUUUCGAUUUUAUCACCGACAAUGAGGAGAUGAACAAGUACGGAGAUCGAACCAUGAAGGAACUAGCCGACAUGGCACGUAAUGUUCAUCGCGUAGAGCAUCAUGGACUGCAUCGCCAAAUCUACCUACACAAUGGCCCUUCUGUAGAUCGCCAUUUGCACGUGCUGGGUGACAAUAGGGAACUUUCGAAGCUGUGAUA